AAAACUGGCCUCGGUCGUCGCGAGAAGUAGCCGCUGGGGCGUCUGCGCGAACAAACGGAAGUAUAGGUGAAGGUCUGAGGCAGCACCGCCAAGCUGGGCACCGGGGAGAUGGCCGAGACUGACCCCAAGACCGUUCAGGAUCUCACCUCAGUGGUGCAGACACUCCUGCAACAGAUGCAAGAUAAAUUUCAGACCAUGUCCGACCAGAUCAUUGGAAGAAUUGAUGACAUGAGCAGUCGCAUUGAUGACCUGGAGAAGAACAUAGCAGACCUCAUGACGCAGGCCGGGGUGGAAGAGCUGGAUGGUGAAAACAAGAUCCCGGCCACACAGAAGAGCUGAAGGUUGCUUGUCUUCGCUGGAAUCUGGAACACCUUUUUACAAGCCAAGAGGAGACAGUUGGCUUUUUCAACUAACUACUAUGUGUAGACAGGUUUUAUAUUAUAAAGUGUGCAUUCUUCUUACCACAUACUAUAGAGUUAGUUUAUGGAGUGACUUCCCUCCCCUGCCCCCCAUGUUUCCUAAACAUGGUGACUUCACAUCUUGGACCUUGGUCAGUUGUGCUAUUAAACACUAAAACUUUGGCAGUUCCUGCAUACAGUUGUCCAACUUUCUAGUGUAUUUUCGUGAGGUUAUUUUUUUUUCUGUCAUUCCCUUUGUAGUAGUUGCUGUUUGAUAGAAGUUGCUGUGUGAUUUUUCUAUUAGACAUAGAGUAAACUCUUGGUUAUAAUUAGAUUUUGUGAAGUAAGGCGUUUAUAGUUAAGGUUCUUUGAUUCUCAGAGUGAACCAUUGAGUGAACACCAAAUAGUGUGUUGGUGAUACUUUUCAAGUGGUUAAAAACAUUUAAAAUUGUGUAUUCGGAAUAUCUGGCACUACUGUGUCGCCAAAACUCAGAAUUGAACCACGAUCUUAUAUCUGGGUCCCUGAGGCCAGAUGCCACAGUAACUUAGAGUGACCACUGCCACUUUAGUGUUAGAAUUUUUAAAUAUGGAAAAUAACAGAGUUGCCUGAUGUGAUAAGGCUUUCAGUAGUUAGAAUUUUGCAUGAGAUUUGAAUUCUUCAGUCAGACCCUACACUGUCCAUUCACAGUUGUUACCAUAGGAAAUCUGGCAGGAUUGUACAACUCAGUUACUCCCAUCUUUUGAGCUACUGGCCAGUAAAAGAAACAGAAAAGGAAAACAGACCAUGUUAAGCCCACACCAGUUGUCUGGCUAGAAGGUGAUAAAUAACUUGUAGUAGGCUUGAGUUUUUCAGAAACACUGCUGCUUUAUACUGUUCCUUCCUGAAUUCAAGCAGAGCAGUGGCUUUAUUCCUGAUGAUGCUGCUCAGCUGAGUGUGUCAGGAGUUUUGAUCCUGGAGGCAGUGUUGACGGGAAGGGGAACCACGUGACUGUCGCAGCAGGGUGAUUUUGUAGAGAAAAUGGAAGAAGUUGAGGAAUGAAAUAGUGUUAUGGAGAGGAAAGCCCGUAGUCAACACAGUAUGAUUUUUUUAAAGUUUCCUAUGUCACCAGUCUUAAUUGUUUGUAUUGCAAAUGUAUAAUAAGAUUAAGGAAUAAUGUGUCCUGUUUAUAAAGUAUCUGGGGAGCACAAAGGGUUCAGUUUCUUCUGGACAAGAUGGAUUCCCCGCUGUUAGCCCCGAGCUGCAGAAAGCCCUUCACUGGGCUGGUGGGUCCUGCUGUGGGUUUGGCCCUGAAAGCCCAGAGCGUGCUGGGGCGGGACAGGAGCUCAUGCAGGUGCUUCCAGGCCUGGGAGACGGCAAGUGGGCAGUCGGGCGUGAGGAGCUGGCUUCUUUAAGUAACAGGAAGUUUUCAGAGGAAACUCCCCUGACCAAAAAUACCUGCCAUGAAUAAAGGUGCCUGAAAUCCU